AUGCCUCAUCUCAAACUUCGCGACGGAGCCGAGCUUUUUUACAAGGAUUGGGGCAACCCCAAGGGUCCAAUCGUUACUUUCUCGCAUGGUUGGCCGUUGAGCAGCGACAACUGGGAGAAUCAAAUGGUUUUCCUCGCUGAUCAUGGCUAUCGAGUCGUUGCUCAUGAUCGACGUGGUCACGGACGCUCAACGCAGACUUGGCACGGUGGCAACAUGGAUACCUUCGUCGACGAUCUCAAGGAGCUAUUCGAGUAUCUCAAUGUCAAGGAUGCUAUGAUGGUCGGCCAUUCACACGGCGGAGGCGAAGUCACUCAUUUCCUUGGCAAGCACGGCACAAGCCGCGUGAAGAAAGCCGUCCUCGUGGGCGCGGUGCCGCCUCUGAUGUUGAAAACCGGCGCAAAUGCCGAAGGACUAGACAAGUCCGUCUUUGAUUCCUUCAGAGAAGCUAUGCACAAAGAUCGUGCGCAGUUCUUUUUGGAUGUGCCCAGUGGUCCCUUCUUUGGUUUUAAUAGACCCGGUGCCAAGAAGAGCGAAGGUCAAAUUCGGAGUUGGUGGCAGCAGGGCAUGAACUCGAGCUUUAAAACAACGUACGAUUCGAUCAAGGAUUUCUCGGAAACUGAUUUUACCGAAGACCUCAAGAAGAUUGACAUUCCCGUGCUUGUUCUUCAUGGUGAUGACGACCAGAUUGUGCCCUUCCAGGCCGCGGCUGCUAAGUCAGUGAAGCUUCUGCCUCAGGGCAAGCUCAAGGUCUACCCGUGGGGAUCUCAUGCAAUUCAUAACAUCAAUGUCGAUGAAGUGAACGAGGACUUGCUUGCAUUCCUCAAGUCAUAG